AUGCCUGCGAACUCCCGCACCUCCGAGUUCCGUGAAAUCCUCAAAGAAAAGCAGAAUGAAGCCCCGGAGCCGAAGCGUCGCAAGGUCGCCGAAGGUCAGGACUUUCUAAGCCAGGAGUACCUGGCUGAGGCCUAUGUUAUUCUGCGUCAUAUACAGACGCUGAGCAGGAUGCUGUCGUCCAUCCGGAAGGUCUAUCUGAAUGUGGACUCUCGUGGCACGCCGUCACUGCUACAGUCCCCGCGAAUGAUAGAUCUCGGAGCAGCAGACCAAUCAUGGUCAAGUGUUCGACAUAUCACAAACGAGGAACGGGACCAAAUCGACCUGCAGGCCAGGGUCAUUCUUUCGCGCUGUGCGGACCGAGUGAAGGGAAUGGAGGCUCUUGAAAAGCGACGCGCGGAGCUCGCUGCCAGUCGGAGAAAUCCCCUCACGAGACUGCUGCCGGCACGCCUGCGACAAGACGAGUCCACCGCAAUGUCUGACUUCGUAGCAGCUCAUCAUGCCAGCAUUACGUGGUACCUCUCUCGGCGGCUGACUGAGGGCAGCCAGGCGCUGAAGGAGAUGCAAGAGGAGCGCGUGAAACGGCAGAUGGAGCGGACGCGGACGCUAGGUUCUGGUGCGGCGCGGGAGGCGCUGUACAUGGACACGAUAGAGCUCCCCUCACCUGCAGGAUCGUCGUCCAGCAGCGGGAGCUGGCUCGGCGGGGCAUCGAAUCUCGCCUCAAGCUUCGCUGCAUCCAUUGCUCCACAGUCGCGCGAUGUCGGAAGCUCGACAAAUACCAUUAAACCCAUGCCUUCAACACCGGAUGACUUCCUGGAGGAGACGGAUGAAGAGGAUAUCGAGCUCACUGCAUCGCAGAUCAUGCAGUUCGAAACGGAGAAUGCGAACAUCUUGCAGUCGGUGCAGGACACGUUGGCCUCCGUGCAGCAGGCGGAGUCGCGUUUGAUGGAGAUCAGCGCGCUUCAGAUGGAACUUGUAUCUCACCUGACGAAGCAGACGGAACAGACGGAGCAGCUGUACGAGGACGCAAUAGCGACUGCAGCCACAGUGGAGAAUGGUAACGUGCAGCUGAGGGAGGCAAAGCGGCGUGCUAGAGAUAGCAGGAAGUGGGUGUUACUGUUCUUCAUUGGAGCUAGUCUGUCUCUACUGUUCUUACACUACUACUGA